AUCGUGCAGCGGGUACUCUCCGGAUCAGUGACGGUGGACAACGAGGUGAUUUCCUCCAUCGGAAAGGGACUGCUUGUCCUUGCUGCUGUCGCCCCCGACGAUACAGAGAAAGAUGCCGAGAGCCUUGCAAACAAGGUGCUGAAGCUGAAAAUGUGGGACGACGAUGCCGGCGCAAGGUGGAGGAAGACUGUCCCGGAUAUUGACGGAGAAAUCCUCUGCGUGUCUCAAUUCACACUUUUCGCCAAGAUCGUCAAGAACAAACCGGAUUUCCGCCUCAGCGCAGGCGCCGAAGACGCCAAGAGGCUCUAUCAUUACUUCUUGCAAAAGUUGCAGGAUAACUACGCCGCCGAUAAAGUCAAGGACGGUCGCUUUCAGGCUAUGAUGGCCGUGGCUUCCGUCAACGAUGGACCGGUUACAUUUGAGCUGAACACAGAGUCGUCUCCGAAGCCUUGA